ACAAAAUCUUCAAAAUGGAAAAAAAAUAAAUAAAAGAAGAAGAAAAAGGAGAACGAGGAGCGCGAGAAGAGCAGUAGCGGUGGUAGUUGCCAGCGAUAGAGGCGGCCGGCGGCGAGGAGAUCCCGGGCGGAGAUGGCGGCGGCGGCGGAGGGGAAGGCGAGGGUGGUGGUGGUCGGCGGCGGCAUCGCCGGCUCGCUCCUUGCCAAGACCAUGCAGGACCACGCCGACGUCGUCCUCCUCGACCCGAAAGACUAUCUAGAGAUCCCUUGGGCUGAGUUGAGAUCAAUGGUUGAACCAUCUUUUGCUGAGAGAUCAUUAAUCUAUCACAGGGAUUACCUCACCAAUGCAACUAUUGUAACAUCUUCUGCAGUCGGUAUCACGGAGCAUGCUGUGCUCACUGCUGAUUGUCAAUCACUCGAAUAUGAUUAUCUAGUUAUAGCUACUGGCCAUGCGUUGACUUCUCCAGGAAGCAGGAAUGAGAGGAUAAAAGAAUUCCAGAGAGAUCAUGGGAAGAUAGAAUCAUCGGGAUCUGUUCUGAUAAUUGGAGGCGGGCCAACUGGUGUUGAGCUUGCCGGAGAGAUUGCAGUAGAUUACCCAGAGAAGAAGGUGACCCUUGUCCAUCGAGGAUCACGUUUACUUGAAUUUAUUGGAAAUAAAGGUUCCAAAAAGUGUCUUGAUUGGCUUACUUCAAAGAAAGUAGAUGUUCUUUUCCAGCAAUCCAUUGACUUGGAUUCAUUAUCGAACAUGGAGAAGUUGUACAGAACAUCAGCUGGAGAAACAGUAACAGCUGAUUGCCACUUUGUGUGUAUUGGUAAGCCACUCGGUUCAUCGUGGCUACAUGAUACCAUUCUAAAGGAAUCCUUGGACAACAAGGGAAGACUAAUGGUGGAAAAGGAUCUAAGAAUAAAAGGUUAUAAUAACAUAUUUGCAAUUGGUGACAUCACGGAUAUUCCUGAAAUAAAGCAAGGCUACCUUGCCCAUAAGCAUGCGCUGCUGGUAGCAAAGAACUUGAGAUUAUUGAUUAAAGGUUCGCCUAACAGCAAACUGGAGACUUACAGCACUGGUUUUCCAUUGGCACUUGUCUCCCUCGGAAGGAAGGAAGGGUUGGCUCAGCUGCCGUUCCUCACACUCAGUGGCUGCUUACCAGGCAUGAUUAAAUCUCGAGAUCUGUUUAUCAGUAAGACAAGGAAGGAGAUGGGUCUAAGUGCUUGAAGUCCGUUGCGUCUUUCUUCUCAACCAAAUGCUUCUUUGCGUUGUGCCCAUGCUGUGUUAUAUCUCUGUACAAGUAAAAUAAUGAUGGUGUGAAACUGUGAAUAUACUUUGUGUACAGAGAUCUUUUGGUCUAUUCUGAUGGUUGUGAUGAUAAUCAAUUUGUGCAUUCUUUUUGUUGUGAACUGAAUUUGGUGGUCUGUAAUCAUAACAUUAAUGUUUGCCAUGACUCUUAGUUGGAUACCCAAGAGGCUCCUAUAUUAUAAAAAGAAGAUGCAUACCUUGUCAAA